AUGUCUGAUCCAGCGCGGGAGCUCGCUCAUCGUCACCAUGUGCACCAGGUAUGAAUCCACACCUCCAUUUAUAAAUUUGUAUUGUGUUCAUUUAUCAGCAGUAGGCUGGGCGGGGUUUCCUUCAUCUUCCUCGUCUUACGGCCUCGUCUAGUUUAUUCACUACCGCAUCCUGUUCCUCUUCUGUAUGGCAUAGUCGUCUGCGUCAUGUAUUUGUCAUACCUCGGUUAAACUGUGGGAGUUCUCCUGGGAACCUGCAAAAUCUCAUGUAUUUUCUUAGUGAGUUAAUGUGUAUUGCUUGAUUGAUCGUAUAAGUCAUUCGAAUUUUGCGUGUCGUCUUCUUGUGGCAUUGUCUUCCCCGGCGUUAGGUUUCCUUAAGAGGAGCAAGCACGAAGGAAAUCACAAGGGACGCCCUGCUCCAUAGAGUUUCAUUUGAGAGGGAGCUCCGGAGUUAUCAGCGGCGUGUCUCCGCAGCUGCGCUUUUAAUCCAGGUUACAAAAUGUUUGACCUGUUGACACAUUUUUUUUUUCAAACUUUAUUUCGUUUUAUAAGAAUUAAAAAUGGCUUGUACUUAAUCAUCUCGGCUUGAAUUGGAGCCACAGUGUUCAUGGUUGCUCAUUAAUUGAAGGAAAAGGGUAGCUGUUGUACAAUCUGCAAGGGAUGAAAAUCGCUUUGUGGGAAUUGAUGUCUUUAUACCAGUUAUUAUUGUUAGUGGUGGUUGCUGAUAACAAUCAAUAUUGUGAUAUCUGUAUGUUUCACAGUAUCUAGCUAAGAACUGGUUACUGGACUGUGUUGAAAGAUCAUUUUAGCAGGUUAAUUGGUUGGAGAGGGGAUUACUUCGUAUUUGUGGACUAUUUUGUUGAAAGAUAUUUUCCCUCUGUUCUAUCCAGCAACAUCAUGACUGGAUGUACAAAACAGGAAAAUUCUCUCAUGCCUUUGUUUGUUAUAAAGAAAGAUUGAUUUGAGCCAAACUGUGGUGCCCUUUCUGUUACAGAGGUGAGCAGGUGAGAAAUUACCUUAACAAAAGAUGAAAUAUUGAUAUAUGCGAGUAAUUGUUUUCUGAUGAACUGUAGGUAGAUAAAUCAACUCACCUCUGAAGGCUUUAAAUCGAAGUUUAAGUUGUUUAUUAAUUUUUGUAUCACCAAAUGGGUAGCAAGUUAGAUGGACCCCUCGUUAAUGAUGCCAGUUGACCAUAAGUUGCCAUGUGUAAUUCACAUCCUCUUCUUAAUGUAUUUGACUUGAUUAAGCUAGGGUGAGUCUAACACAGAUAAACCAUUUUACACCAUCUUCACAGUUUAUGUAAGUUGGGUUAUAUGAGUUACUAAUGAUUGCUAUUCCAUUUACGUCUGUAAUUGAGGAUCUGUGGAUGAAAAGUAUAGUCAUUUCAAUUAGGUGUUGGAUAAGGAGUUUGGAAGGUGGAAAAACAAAGUACUGAGUCUUACAGAAUUGCAAAUAGUUGGCUUGACCUCUCAAAAGAUGCAUUAUGCCUGAGCUUUUAAUGCUAGACUAUUUCUUGUUAGCUUCCUGUGAUACUAGUCAGGGAAAGUGAAACCUCCCAUUCAGUUCAUACUGAUCUUGCCACCACUUGGAAUGAUUAAAUGGGUAUUCUCAUGUGUACAUGUGAAAGACAAUAAUUCCAUUUGAAACUAAUCCAUUCCGUUUCUAGUUUUUCAACUGUAUCACUUAGUCAAUCUUCAUGCUGAUCACAGAGUAUAAUCAUAAUAUCUAGUCCAGAUCACACGAUCUGGAGUGGCUAGUAAAUGAAUAUGGAUAUACCAAUUAGACGGUUGGUUGAAAGUAAUAAUAUCGCUAAUGUUGAUAUAUACAGAUGCAUAUGUGUGUAGGCUAGAAGAUCUUGACGCUACAAUAGUUUCAGUGUGAUGAUUUUUAAUGUGUCACAACCCAAGAAGCAUUUUGACUCGCUGUAUUUUUAUAGAUACCAUAGCUAGCAUGAUAUGUAUGAUGUAUACAGAUGCAUUUGUGUGUAGACUGUGCUGUUUUAUCACGGUUAUUUUUCGACUAUUACUUUUGAAUAAAUAUUUUAGGCUGCAAGAUCUUGACGCUACAUUAGUUUCGGUGUGAUACGUUUUUAAUGUGCCAAAGCACAGGUAACAUUUUGUUUCGCUGAAUUUUUAUAGAUACCAUGGCUGGCAUAUGUAUGGUCCGUGAUACAUUCAUGCAAUAUGCACCCACUUCUAAUGGAACUACAACAGGAAAUAUGUUUCGAACUAUACAAUUUCUUUACUAAUAUAUUCUCUCAUUUCGGAUUAUUUCAAAUUCUCGUUGGAAGGUUAAAGGCAGACUCUUUGUUUUGAUAUGACUGUCAUAUCACCCGACUUGGAUCUUAGUGUUAUUGAGUUGGCCAUAAAUAUUUCCUGUAAUGAGCACAAAAUAACACAUUCCAUAUAUUAAGUGUUCCAAAUUUGUGCUCUAUGUAAUGGCCAUCUCAAAUUUGUUGCUUGUUGCAGAGCUUGUUCGAUAUGAACGGCUAUUUUUUGUAAUUUGAGUGUGUGUAAAUAUCUACAAGCUGUAAAUUACUUGGACAUGAAAUGUUUCCGUAUUGGUUUUUCUUUUUGCUUUUGAUGAAAUUCUUUAUAUUCAGUUGAAUUAAAGUGAAGAAGCUUUUGUAGAUGAGAAGCUAGUGUAAUAGUUUUGAUUCUGUCUUAUGUCAUAGUCACAAUGUUAUGGGGAAAAGAAUGCGCUACUUUAAUUUUUCUUGUACCCUCUCAAGACAAAUUCUUAGAUCUUUAGUCACAAUUUUCUUCUCCAAAAUGUAGCGGCAAAGAAAUUCAUGGCCAGUUUGACAGUUUUAUUUUAUUUUAUUUUUUAAGUGAUUUUUGUUUAGAGUUUUUACAUUUGUUUUGUACUUCAGAGAAUCUGGAGGGGAUAUCAUGUAAUGAGAAAAUUGGCUGAUGAACUUCAAGAAGAAUGGGAACUGUUUAUGAAUCAUCAUGAUGCUUUGGUGACCUGUACAUGGAUUUCCGCUAAUCUAUUGAGACCAUUCCUCCUGUUUUCCACUCAUUCUUCGGGGUUACGACAUAUGCUGUAUGCAAGGAACACAAAACAAAUAUCAUUUUGUUUUACAAUCCUUUUGAAAAGCAUCGAUUCUGCUGGUAAGUCUUUCAUACAAUCUUGGAAUUCUAGUGUUUCUGUUAGAAAGCUAUGUUUCCUUUUUAAGUUGGAGUAUUCAUCACUACAUUUUACCUUGUCUGAGAAUGGUCAUAUAACGAACAUGGACAUGGCAAUAAUGACGAGAGAACAGAACUUCUGGGAUAUCUACUGAUUUGCAUCUCAAGAUAAAUGCUAUCACCUAUCGAAAACACACCUACUAGAUUGAACAAACAUUAUUAUUUUCCAAGUUUUAAGAUGAUGAAUCACUGACUUGGUUGCUGUAGAAGCCUGAACAAAAAAAAUGUAUACAACAUUUGCAAUUUUCCCCAAAAAAACUUGGUUAGUUUUAGGCCCUAUUUUGACAAACGAAUUGAUUAUAUCCAAAUUUUAGAAAGAUGAAUAGGGAGAUCCAUAAAAAGUGGAUGCUGCAAAUAACACGAAAGAAGCUAUACUUACUAGAAAGUUUGCAUUUGUCAAAAUUUUAUACUAGUCUAUAGAAUCUGAAUUUGGACGUAAAAGAUUGUUUUUUGGGCUAUGACUAUAAUAAACAUCUUUCAUUUGGAUAAUCAUGUGCCAUAUGACGAUGAUUACCUAUGCAACAUGUGAAAUGAAAUGCAAUGUUUAUUUAUUGACCUAUGCCGCAGUUUUAUUCCUUUUGGACAAGGUUUGUAAGUUGUAGGUAUCGUAUUCUGAAUUUUGGUUUGCAGUAUCCAUUGUUUUGUAAAAAGUUCAUAGUUGUCUUUUUUUAACAUUUGAGAUAUUGGCACUUGUAUGCCAAUGGGGAUAUGGCUUCUGCCGGUUCACUGAUAUAUCUGUUUACAAUAGUUGUAUGUUACUUACCAUUCUUUAAUUUUCUCUGAAGUAUCUACCUUGGAAACUUUGAUCGCAUUCAUAGUUAUAUUUGAUGUCUGACAGCUGAUAUGUCCUUGCUUAUUUGACUUCUAGAACCAGAGAAAAACUUCUGUUCUUUAGCAGUUAGAAAAUCGGAGGAGAAAGCUACAUGGCUUUAUCAAGCAAAAAAAUUGGUUUCUCUGUGCUCAUUUAUUCUAGCUGAAUGUGAUCCGACUGAAAAGGAUGAAGAGAAGGCUCAACUCACUGCCUUAGGAAUGCGGUUGGUUAUUUCUUUGACAGAUCCUGUGGAGUGGAAGAUCAUCAAUAGUGUAAAUAAUCAUGACGCAGACGUUGCAGUGAAUAACUUGAUAAGAUUUAUGAUUACUACGAAGUGUGGUCUGUACAAGUCUGUGAGGAGAUACAUAACUAAGCUUGAUGCAAACGAUUUGGCCAGGAAUGUCAAUGGACCAGCUGGUGGAUACUUCCUAGUUACUGCCAGUGCAAUCACAUUAGCUCUCCGUCCUUUUUGUCUCAGAUAUUUAGAACCAGGCGGUGUUUGCCCUCUGGACGUGAAACAUGCUGCUGAGCAGUACUGCACUUUUAUAUUGACAAUCCCUUAUCUUACUCAACGUUUACCACCUCUUCUCUUACCUGCUCUUAGGCAUCAAUCAUCACUGUUACCAUGCCUCAAGGUUCCGCUGGUAAGGUUCAUCUGACCUUGCUACCUUUUAUUCAAUUAAUACAGAAAAAUAGUUAUAUUUAGGAAUUUGUAUGCUUUGAAAUGUUAGCGAAACUUUGUGGAAAAUGAAAGGUUAUGAUGCAUUUUGUAGACAUUCUAAUACUAUUGAUUUUAGAAUUCUGGAAAUUGUUGAUUCUGUGGUUACAUACUGAUUCCGAAUAAAGACAACCAUAAUUCCUUUAAUAAAUGUCCAUGAAAUAUUUAUGAACUACUAGUUUGGCAUCUGAAUGAUAUUUUCCGUACUCUUCCUCAUUUAGCAAAACGAUCCAAUUCAUUUGGAAAUGAGUUCUUAAGUGAGCGUCCAUGUCCAUAGUAGUUUCCUAUGGGGGUUGAAUGAGAAAGUUUGAGGAAGAAUUCUGCCAAUCGUUUUUAGUCUGAGGAAGAUUUCCAAAGAGUCUUGUCACUUUCUUCUUUCCUUUCCUUUUGGUCAGACGCUUUCAAAGUCGCAUGAUUGUCUUGUUUAUAUGUUGUUUGAGUGGUUAGCGGAUAACUUCGAGCAAUGUUUCAGUCAAAACAGUAUAAUCUGAGGAAGAUUUCCAAGAAGUCUUGUCAUUGCCGUCCUUCUCUUUUAGUCUGACACUUUGAAAGUGAAUUUAAUUUCCAACCAUGAAAAUUUUAUGAUCUAUUUUAUUGUAUGACCUUGGAACAUGAAUGAUGAUACCCAGUGUUGGUAUGGACAUGAAUACUGGGAAUGACAAACAUUGGAUACACGAGAUCUGAUGGCAUAUGUAUUGCAUUUUUUAUGGAAUAGAUCCAUUAAAUAAUGCCAGAGAUUGUUGGAGAAAGUUGCUAAUUUCUCGGAAGUUUUCUGACAUGCUUCCAGGGUUCCAACAUAGUGAGUUUCCAUAAAAUGCUGGUUCUGUUUAAUCCAUAAAACUAGUUGCUUGCAGAUAUAGCCUGCAUAUCCAACCUAAAUAUCUGUUAGGUGUCAGCAGACUGGAAAUCUCUGAUGUGUUUGCUGAAUCAUAGAUACUUUUUCAGUUUUUUUUUUUUCUUUUUCCAUGGUUCCUUUCUUCCAUUAUUUAUAGUCCAGUGCAAAAAUAUCUGAUUUUUCUGGUCUGAACUUUCAUGUUAACGACUUUGACGAUUUGUAGUCAUGCAAGCCUGUAAAUAUGUACAUUCUUUGAGCGGGCAAUUACUUUUACAUUAUUUUUCAUUCAUAUCCUUGGAACUAACCAUGAUUUGGCAGGUGUUGGUAGAUUAUUUCUGAGAAGUUAAAAGUCGAAGAGGCAUCUAGUGAUCUCAAAAUUCCCGCCGUCGGCUGGUUUCUUGCAAAUGUUAUAAGCUUGACUACGGAAUAUGCUGAUGAUUCUGGCACGUUUAUCAAUGGCCUAGACAUAAAAAUAUAUACUCACACCAUAAACCACUUAUCAGAAAUAUUUUUGGAGUGGAUUGAGAGCAACGGAUUGGCCUCAGAAAAUGAUGAGGAUGAAGACCUCACAAAAGGUGGCAACUCCAUUGUGAAAAUGAUUCCUGCACGGGGUUCAUUAAAGGCGUCUUACAUAGAGCUGGUUAAACCCGUGCAUCAGCAGUGGCAUCUGAGAGGUCUUCUUUCUGUUGCAGAAACCAGCAUAUCGAAUCAAGAAUGCACCUUUGUUGUAAAUCAAGAGUUCAAAUCACAUGGGAACUCGCACUUGUUAGAUGUUGUAAUAUUUUAUUAUUGCAUGGUUAGGAUAUAUGCUUUCCUUAAUCCUUUAGUUGGUCCAUUGCCUAUUCUGAACAUGCUUUCCUUCACUCCUGGGUUUACGGUAAAGUUGUGGGAGCUACUUGAGGGUCUUAUCUUCAGUCAUAAUGCCUUCUCCCUAGAUGCCAAUGAAGUGACCAGAGAUAGAGGCGGUAGUUGCAACAAUGAGGAACAGACAAUGAUAUCUAAGGCUUCUGGAAAUAAGUGGGUGAAUGUGUUGGCCAAAAUCGCUGGAAAGUCAUGUGAUGCAGAUGUUUCACGAUUAAGUAAUGGGGAUGUUACCUCCAGUCAGAUUUUUGAGGAUGCAUAUGAGUUCUGGGAUAUUGAAUCUUUGAAGCAGGGUUGUCAGGGUAUAUCGAAGGAACUGCAAUGCAUUCUCUACCUAUUUUGCUCUGUAUAUGCACAUCUGCUGUUGGUCCUUGAUGACAUUGAAUUCUACGAAAAGCAGGUAUUUAUAUGCCCAGAUAGUUUCCAUUCUGGUACUGGUAUUGCUUCUGUUGUUGAAUCUGUUUUUUAUGCAGGUACCUUUUACUCUUUCUAGGCAGCAAAGAAUAUCUUCAGUGCUGAACACCUUUGUCUACGGAUCAUUUACCCAUAACUGUAGUCAGAACAAUCAGCUACUAAUUGAUGCCGCAGUCAGAUGCCUGACCUUGCUAUAUGAAAGAGACAGCAGACAUAAGUUUUGUCCCCCAUCAUUGUGGGUUGCACCUGCCUCGAGAAGUAGGCUUCCAAUUCCAGCAGCAGCUAGAUCUCAUGAAGCUCUUUCCUCUAAUCCUCAUUGUCGUGAUGCUUCUGGCUGUCACCGUAUGAGUUCUGUUAUUUCAACAAUACCACAUGUCUUCCCUUUUGAAGAAAGGUAAUAUAGUAGAUUUGGAUUCGAAAAAUCAAUUGCAUGAUUAAUUUCUGCCUUUAUGCCGAUUUCAUUUCUGUAAAUAACUUGAUAAAGCUGUCUAAGUUUCUGAAUGACUGUACGGUUCCAGACUUUUUUUGGGUCACGUGAUUAGAAAAUUUAUCAAAUAAAGAUCUGAACAGGCUGUAUGAGCGAAUAUUAGAUUUCCUUUUUCUUCUUACACUGGUUAUUAAGGUGGAGGUUGGGAGAUGGGGACUACGCAAAGAUGAGCUAGAUGUCAAGGAAGCACCUCUAUUAGCUCUUCCAUGAGGCCUAUGUUUUUGAAAAAAAUAGCUUUUGAGAGAUAGUAUAAGAUCUACUUUUAGCUAUUUGAAAGGGCACCUAUGGAGUACUUGUCAAUUUAGAUGGUUAAUCAUUUCUUUUUUUUAUUGACUUAGAAUUUUAUUGAAUUUUCAGUUUGUGGUCUCAUUCCAUCUUGGAUUAACUAGGUUUUCUUAAUUUCUCACAUGAAUACUUUUGUCUUGUGGGGUCUCAUUUGUUUUGAAUUAAUUUGGAUUUUUUGUUAAAACUUGAUUUUGUUGAUGAUUAUUUUUUUGGUUUCGUAAAACUUAGGAUAAUAUGCUUUAUGAUGCCUAUCGGUAGCCUUCCUAGUUUUCUUUUAAUUUAAAUCCUCUGCCGGACUAGAGUUGAUGUUAAUGAAACCCUUCUGAUGAAAAAUGUCCUUGACUAAUUGCCAUAAAAGGAACAAGAAGUAAAUGAUAUUUUAGUUUAUUAGUGAUUAUAUGAAUCAAAAUGUGGGUUGAAGACCAUGGGAAUCCAUCGGAUGAAACUUUUUACUGAAGCAUUGAGAAGUUCAUGGGAUGAAAGUCCAUUUGGGAGUCAUGAAUUUCAGUUCAUGAGUUUAUAGGAAGAAGUGUAUUCUUCAUUUUAUGGUGUUUGAGAGUCUAUUAAUGGAUAAAAUAGGCAUAUAUUUUUGUGUUAGUGAGUCUUUUAGAAAAUGACUAAUUAGGCUGGUUCAUGUUAGAGCUUAUGAGGUGAUAUAAACUGUCCUGUCUAUAUACAAAUACGCAUAUAAAUAGGUGAGGAGGGAGGCUGUGAAUAAUAAUUCGAAUAUUAUCCUUUUGUUCUAACUUGGUACCAUAGUCUAGGGUUUGAUUCCUUCGGAUUUCUCAAACUGUCAUUGUCAGCUUCAACCACUGAAUCUUUGAGGGGCAGUGAGGUGGUGGUCUCUCACCCAUGUUCUGCCAAGUCUUAUGGGCCUCUGUCACUGCUCUCCUUCCUCCGUCUGUUUGUCUCUGUCUAUUUAUGUAUAUAUCUUCUUCUCUAGAGAUUUGAUGCUGUAGUAGAGGUCUGUGCCCUACGCACUAAAGCCUCCUACCCAUGGGGAGGUGAAACUUGGGGAGGAGCAAAUUGGUGCUAGCCCAAUCUAGCAGGGGGUGGCACUGAUCUUGAUCACGCCACUCCAUUAUUGUGAUGGUGGACUAGGUGUUCAUCCCCUAGCCCAAAGAUCAGCUGGGCUGGUUUUCCAGCUUUGGCUGCCACUUUGAACCCCUUCAAUUCUAUCUACUUCGAGAGGAGGCAGCUACUGGCCUUCAUUUCUAGUGUAGGUAUUCGUAGACUACUUUCCUCACUUAUCAACUCACAAUCCUUUUCUCUCAUCUCUUUUUCGUCAUCCUCUGACCACUGUUGUUCCUUGUCAUCGUCCCUGUUCUCUAUGGCUCUUUUUCCAGUCUAGUCACAUUCUCUUUCUGUUCGCGCAUUGGAUCAUCAGGGUUCUUGUUGUUAAGCUCUUCCUAUUGCCAGUAUCCUUCACAUCCACCUCACGCACCCAUCCACCGCUGGUGCAUUUUCAACUAUCUCUGUAUCUUUUUUUUCUGCUUGUCAACCUCAUGAUUCUGAUUUCGAACUCUAAAAAUGUCAAUUCAUUUCAAACUUUUGUCUCGAGUCAACUUUGCAACAUCAUUGCUUCCUCUACCUUCGCUAUAGAGCAUUCCUUGCACUGAAGCUGCGAAGCAUGCCUUAGAAUGAGCGUUUUCCACAGCAGCUACUUCUGCCUGUUUGGAUGCCUCUUGUACUCUCUACAAACUCCAUAUUCUUUUUUCCUUACAUUGGUUUUUAAAUUACAGAAGCAUCCAGUCGAUUAUCAGCAUCUUUUGCCCCAAUUAAAGUUUGGACUUUAGCUCCAGCAUCUGCAUCGUGUUUUGUUAGUUGUUUACAAAGGAAUAAUCUUCUAUAUCUUAUGUAACGACUUAAAUAUUAAAUUAUGUAUCUGCUCUCGCUUGAGGGGAAGUGUUAGAGAGGUUUUGCUGUAGUAUAGAUAUAAUAACCCUAGUAUAAUUCUGUUGACGAGUGACUUAGCCCAUUAAGCUAGUUCACAUUUUGGUCAUGAGGGCUCCAAUCAUCGGGGUUGGAUCUCUUGCCACAAGCUACAGAUCAGUUCUUGCAGUUACUCCCUCAAGCUGGAGACAGAUGGGAUGUUAGCUUCAUCUGGGCUUGGGAUUUCACACAAUUGUCUUUUCUUAGGCCCAUUGAAAGGCCUUGCAGGAAUGCAACUCGGAGGAGGGAGACAGUAGGGGAAAAGUAGGAGGGCUUGGGGUUGAAAAUGGAAAAGAUUGGGCAGAGUCUUUCUUCUUUUUUAAUCAUGCAGAUCAAGGGUAGAUGUGUCUUUCAUCGCCUUUGGCAAGUAUGGAAUAAGCACUGAUGUAUUGCACGCACAGCUAGUGGAGUUGUUGGCAUAUUUGUUACAUUGCUUGCUUUCUGGACAUCAUAUUUUGUUCUUGUCCGAGAGUAAUGCUCAAAACACGUUGGAUACAGGUGGAAUGUCUUAAAGGGGAGAAUCGCCAUGUGUUGAUUGAUACAUGCCAAAUCAAAGGAAGUUUAUGUAGAGCUACAGAGGAUCCAUUUGGCUGCAACUAUUGUCAGAUGAAUGGCAACCGUAGGGCGAAGGGAAAUGCUGGGUUGGUCAUCUGCAUGGUUGGCUGCCCUGUUUGGGCCAAGCGCCUGGCUAAGCUCCCUAGUUGUCUUCUUUCUCCAAUACCUGCAUAACCAUCGAAUACGUUUCUUGUUGCCUGCAAUGGCUAGGAGAAAGGGGUACCUCUUGGAAUUUGCUUCCUCAACCAUCGUUGGCAGUGGAGUUGGCAUAGCCCGUCAUGCCAUCUUCUUGGAUAAUUACCAUCGUUGGCUGUGCUUCGUGGGCCGCUAAAAGACAUGCUGGGGAGCAUACCCUGUAGCCCCUCGAACUGUAGGGAUUGCUUGCCAUCCAAAUUGCACUUUUAGGCUGGACAGUUAUUUUCUUGUAUCCCACUGAUAAUAAAAUGUUGUGAACUUCGUAAUUUUCGUUCAUUUUAGUAUUGCCUUUGUUUCUUUAAAGAAAGUAUUGCACCAAAUUUUCUUUGAAAACAAAAACAGUUUUACGUAUUGUUGCUGCAGGGUACAGAUGUUUAGAGAAUUCAUUAAGCUUGACAAAGAUGCCAGAAGAGCAGCGGGUGAAUUAACUGGACCUGGUCCAGGAUCAAUUGAGAUAGUUGUUCGUCGUGACCACAUUGUUGAAGAUGGAUUUAAGCAAUUGAACUUUCUUGGAUCAAGAUUGAAGUCAUGCUUUAAUAUUUCAUUUGUUAGUGAGUCUGGCCUCCCUGAAGCUGGCCUGGAUUAUGGUGGCUUAUCAAAGGAGUUUUUGACAGAUAUUGCAAAGGCUGCUUUUGAACCCAAGUAAGAGCUAAUGUUUUCUCUUGUACAAACAUUUAUUGAUUGUAGAAAAACAACUAUUGCUUGUCACUCGCGGAAAAUAACAAUUAGUAAUUGUGGGUUCUCCAGAAAAUUGUCAUUUACUGUGUACUCAUAUGUUGACUCGUAUUAUUAUUAUAUAAAUAACUGAUCUUAUAAAUUCAGUACGUUUUCCAAUUAUACAGAUGAAUAUCACCUAUCAAUAGCUACUGAAAGCAUAAUAGCCUGAACUAUUAUAUUCUUGUCUACUAAGUUUGUCAAUGCUUGCUUAAUUCUUCCCUGAAAUGAAUCUUUUGUUUUAGGUACGGAUUUUUCUGCCAGACCUCAACAUCCGAGGGCUUUUUAGUUCCUAAUACCUCUGCAAGAUUUCUAGAGAAUGGCAUUGAAAUGAUUGAGUUCCUGGGAAGAAUGGUUGGCAAAGCUCUUUAUGAAGGGAUUUUGUUGGAAUAUUGCUUUUCAUUACCUUUUGUACAGAAACUUGUGGGACGAUAUAGCUUCCUUGACGAAUUGUCAACACUUGAUCCUGAACUCUACAAGAAUCUUAUAUAUAUCAAGGUAAAUGUAUGGUUAUGGUGUCUUUGGCCAGAUGUCCAAUGUUCGUUGUAUUUUUGACAGCGCCCUUAUAUGGAUUUAAAGUAGUCACAGUUAUUGUUUAAUGGCUUUUUACCGCUUGAAUUAUUGUCAUUCGUCUGCUGUGUGAGAAUUUAAAGUCCCCAUGGAGGGCAUCAUUUCCUUUCUAAGAAAGCAUUGUUGCAAAUCAAGUUGGUUUUACUUUUACUUUGUGAGAAAUGCAUUUGUGAAACGUUAUUGUUCUUAAGUAAAUGGAGACAAGGGGGGGCUUGACGAGGGUAACUAUACUGUUAGGCUUCCUUAUUACAUAAGUCUUGUAAAUCUUUAUAUAACUGGUGCUAUGUAACUAGCUUGUUUGUUCACAUCUUAACUUGUACAGGUCAAAAUCUUGGUUUCUCUUGGGACUCCUAAAAUUGAAAAAAAAUCUAACAAGAUCUAGAAGAAACAUUUUAAUUAGAAGAAAAAAAUUAAGUGGAAUUGGAUGAAAAUUGUGUGCUGUUAAAUUAGAUUGGACAGCAUCAAAUGAAGCAAAAUAUUACAUUGCAGCUAAGACUAAUAUUAAUCCGUAUGCCAUUUAAAUAUUACUUGAUAAUUGGACAACUUCAAAAAGGCAGGAAUCUUGUUCCUCCGUUUUCAUUCUUAGAUCCAUCAUUCUAUAAUUUAUUACAUCAAAUUUUGUAAAGCUUUUUAAACUUUUCAUUGGACUCGGCGAUGAGAAAUUUUGGGUGGUCAGUGCAUUACAAUUUUGCUUAAUUUGCCUUUCUAUAACGAUUAAUGAAUCUACCAGUUGUGGUUAUAUUUCUUAUGGUAUAUUUAUUUUUCUCCCCCACAGAAUUACGAUGGUGAUGUGAAGGAGCUGGCUUUAGAUUUUACAAUUGCAGAGGACCUAUGUGGUAAAAGGAUUGUAACUGAACUUAGACCUGGUGGCAAAUGCAUCCCUGUUACAAAUGAAAAUAAGUUACAGUACGUCUAUGCAGUUGCUGAUUAUAAACUUAAUCGACAGGUAAGUACACUUUUGUGUGUAAGGGCAGGAUCUUUUUGUUCUUCCUAUGUUGCUGAUAUGUGAUUUUUAUGUUGAUUCUCCCAGUUGUUUAAUGACAAUAGUAGAUUGUUGAUGCGUUAUCCUAUUAUUUUCUCCCGUGCGCCAAAUGGGUAAAAUAUUACACUACUAGUCUCCCCUUGGUUUAUAAACCAUACGGUUGUAGGCUCAGUAUCUAAUACGUUUGUGGUUGUCCCUGAAUCGCUAGAACAACUGUAUCAUCCUUGAAUCGUUAAUAUUUUUGACUUUCCUCAAAGUCACAUUUUGUUUCUGAAACUUUUGUGUCAAUGGUAUUAUCCAUCAGAACUUCUUGCGUCUCAUUCCACCCUUUUCUUUUUUUUGACUUGCAGGUACUUCCAUUUGCAAAUGCAUUUUAUAGAGGCCUAAUUGACCUUAUAUCACCUUCCUGGCUGAACAUAUUUACUGCCAAGGAGUUCAAUCAGGUGGCUAUCUCUGCGUUUCUCAUUAAUAUGGAAAUGUAAUUACAGUAUGCUAACACCGAUAUUUCUCCCAAACAUUUCUUUAAAAUAUUUUUAUGCGUUUUUAAAAUACUCAUAUAAACGUGGAUCUUUAUUCUCAGUUCAGUGUCAUCAAUGCUGCUUUGUGAGACAUUUUCAAAUACAUACAUUCGUGAGCGCUGCAUAUUUGUUUGUGCAUUGCUGCGAAUUUCCAUGUUAGUGGAAUAAAAUACCUGCAAGUUGAAAAAUGAUUAUGUUUUUUGGUUUCAAUCCAGUCGUUUCUGCAGUGCCAAGUGAAAUUCUAAUCGAUUUUUGUUUUCUCUUAAGAUGCUAUGCAUGGCAAUAGAUGUAUAUUUUGCUUUAGGAUAUACUCUUAUCAUUUGUGCACAUUAUUGCAAUCAUACCCACUCAACUGUGAUACACCUGUUUUAAUUUCGUCUCUUUUCAUAAAUGAUAUGUGACACCAACAUCUUUUAAACGAAUGUACACUGUGUGUGUAUAUCAAAUGGCUUGUUGCUUGUUGCUAAGCUUUUUAGAAACCAAUGUCUCAGUGUGAAGGCCACAUUCAGCACCCGGUCCACUGCCUCAUCUGAGAAUUAAUUGAAAUUUAACAUCGACUAUCCACCCUGCAGUUCGAUUCUCGCUGGAAAGUGCCAGUUGGUUUCAUUUUCAUAUUGCUGAAGAUAUGUAUAAUUCUCCAUUCAUAUAAAAGCUUAGAUAAUUGGCCACACGUUGUUACCUCCUGGUUUUUACUGUAUUCUAGUCUUGCUAUAGCUAUUAAACAGAAUUCUAUUAAAGAAAAAAGAGAGCUUUCAUUUCAAAAUAUUUCUCUGUAUGCUUUCCCUUAGAAAUGCUCAUAUAUAUCUUUUGCCUCUCGUGAAUUGAGGGCCCAGUUUUUGUUUUUAUCAUGUAUCCACUUGCAGAAAGGGAUGUGAAGAAAGGAGUGAAAAGAAAACUCUUCCCUUCUGGUUGCCCCUUGUCGCCUGUGACAGGCGUUUGCAACAUCUGUCUAUGCUUCCUACAUUUGAACCUUACUCGUAGUUAAAAUAUUUUAAAAUAUUAAUAGUUUUUAUUUCAUCGAAUUCAAAUCAUCAUGGAUCUCACGUGUUUAUCACUUAUUUUCUCUUUCCUUAUAUUGCCUAGUUACUAUUUGCAGUUCAUUAGGGCUGAGGUCAUUAAUAAGGAAGGUUGCGAAGUCAUUCUAGAUUUAAUUAGCUUUGCUCUUCCUCAUCAAGCUUAAACUGGAAUGAUGCUUGAUGAAAGACGAACUGCCAACAUAAACAGUAUCUGACUAGUAUUGUGGAAAAUUCUGUAAUAGGGUCCAAUUUCUCUAUGACAUUCAAGGCUGGCUAAGUGACAAAUUGGUGGCAGACUGAUGGGUAGUCAGCCUAGAUGCCCAAAGCAUCCAGGCCUAUUAGUUGAAUACUUAAGUUGGUGCUUGCAUUUGCCACUUGGCUGUUACAUAGGCAAUCGAAGUGUGGGUUUUUCCAUUAGUCUUAAUUGCAAUUUUGGUUGACACAAAGAAAGUUCCGACGUAUUCAUUUAUGUGUUGUGCCAAAUAUGUAAUGUUCAGGCCAAUGAAUGUAUACCUCUACGAGUAUUAUGUGAUAUGUUUGGACAGAUUCAUGAGAGAAUUAGUGACCGUCGUGUUAGUUUCUAUAUAUUUUACAUUAAUUAUUUAUUAAAUUAUUUUAUUACAUUUUUUGUAACAUUAUCUAAUAUAUUAGGUAAAAUUUUCCUCAGAUUUUUUUUCUGCUCAAACCACAAUAUAGGUGGCGAUUUGCAUUACUUAUUUUAUUACAUUAUUAUCUGUGUUAACUUUUUGUUACAAGUAAUCUAUUUUUAAUGGAAAUAAGCAUUACUUAUAAAAUUCUUGAGAAUUACUUUAGUAACUUUUUGGGAUUCUGUAUUGUAUUGUAUACAAAGUUGUAUUUUUAUUUCGUUAUUAUUUUCCUGUUUGACUGAAUUUAAUUUAAAAAAAAAUGAAGUUCUGAGAAAUUGACUGUACUCUAUGUUCGAAUUUGGUAUAUACACUAAAAUAUACUAAUUUUUAUUCUUUGAUUCUUUACUUUUGAAGUUGGGACUGUUAUUUUUUUUGGGAGAUACCUUUUGUCCGAUUAUCGUCAUCUGCUUUUUUCUGUAAUUUAUAGUGGCACAGUAUAUAUGUUGUGAUAACUGUCUACAGAAGGUAGAAAUUUUUUUGAUUGUAACAUUUCAAAUUUUAGCUCCUUUGAUGGUCAACAAUAACAGUUUGAAUAUCUUCUCUUACUGCGAUUUAAAAUAUCCCACUGGGGAUUUGGAUGCAUUACGUGACAGAAAUCUUUUAAUUAUUCUACAUGAAUUUUAACAAGUUAACAUGCCAACAUUGAUGUUGAUUUUCUGUUUAUCAGAAAUUUGCAUUUAUGGUAUCUUCAUUAUCACUUGUCUUGUAUGCUGCUGAAGAUCCAAUUCGGAUGCUUUUGACCUACUUUGCUGGGGCCUGUUGCUAACUGUGAACACUAUCAAAUAUGAUGUCCAUGUACCUGGGCUUUUAGUUUAAACUUUAAUUGCUAGCUGAAACCUGGAUUAAAUUUUCCUUGGUUAGAUAGCCUAAUGAUGACCGUAGAUUAUUGGGGAUAGCUCGGGAUCAUUUGAGCACUCAGAAGAGGCUUAAGCAGCGAUGAGUGUAUCGGCCUUAUAUAUGAUCAUCCGCUUUUUUUCUUCCCUACCUGUACUUUUUUGGCUCUAACGUUGAUAUCUGUGUUGUAGUUGCUUUCUGGUGGAAAACAUGACUUUGAUGUGGAGGAUUUAAAAAGCAACACAAAAUAUACUGGUGGAUAUUCUGAGGGAAGUCGGACCGUUAAAUUUUUUUGGGAGGUACUUUUGUCCUCAAAUUUUCUUCCUCCAACGCUAUCGUUUGCUUUUAUCUUCAACUUUUGGUGAGAGAUAUUUGUUGUCAUAUCUGCCUAAAAAGGGAGAAAUGGUGACGUUUCAAUGGCUAACAGUGCUAGUUUGAAUUUCUUUAAGUACAUUGAUUCUCAUAUAUUCGGAUACCUAUGUUAGAGAAGUGAUUAAGUUCAUGAAUGCUUUACAUUUUUUCUAGCGAUUUUAUUUGUCGAAAUUAUUUUUCAAAUUGCUCUGAAGUCUGGUUAACGGGGACGAAUAAUGAAAAUAAGAAGGAUGGGAAACAUACAAAAUGAGAUUCUCUGGUCCCUUUCCUAAUGGCAAUGGGAAGAUCCAGGUUAUUAUUGCUCAUAUUAGAUUCAGUUUCAGUUCGCAUUUAGGACUAGAAAUUGUUGCCUUAACCUCAGGAUCCAGAUUGGAUUGUCAGGCCUUGUCAGAUUUAAGAACAGCCAUCUUCUCCCAUGAGAACACCUUCCCUUUACCAAGUCUUACAUUCUCAAGGGGUGAGCUACGGUUUUCUUGAGGGUUUUCUAGAGUUUCAAAAUUCAGGACUUGGCAUGGACUCAUUCAGAUUUUGACAGAGGAACAGUGGAAGAUAUAGGAAGUUGUGGCAGUUAAUUUUUUUUCCAUCCUUAUCUUCAUUGAUUGAAUUCUCUCCCUGAAGAUAAGCUGUGCUGAAGUAAGAAUCUUCAUCAUUGAAAGUGACAUCUGCUUAGGUGUAGAAUUUCGUGGAUUGAGGGUUAUAGCACUUAUACCUUUUGUGAGGUGGAGAAUAGCUCGCAAAGAGUUGUUUUAAUGUCUUGGGAUCUUGUUUCCCCAUAUGCUGACCAUGAACAUGAAUGAAUGACUUACACCCACAUAUCUUAGGGAGAAGAAUAUACGUAAUUUGUACGUUUAGAUAGGAUAAUGACAAUGUUUUCAUUGUACUCUUGAAUCCUAAGACUUUAGAAGGCAAACAAAUUAUGAGAUGAGUGGCUGUCAGAACUGCUUCACCCCUAAAAGAUUUAGGAGUGUUAUGUUGGGAAAAAAAGGCCCAGGUUACCUUGAGAAAAUGACCAUUUUUCCUCUCUACUAUUCUAUUUUGCUGUUGUGUAUUGGCGCAUAAUGACUCAUGUAUCAUCCCUUCUGUUUGAAAGUAUAAAGUUAGGAUUUGUUUGAAAUACUUGCUUGCAUUUUCUAACCUGAACUUCUUAACAUUGACUCCAAACUAAUUUUUAAUCAUGGAAGAAUUUUUUUCGAGAAUAGCACUGACAUCAGAUUUAUGUUUAAGAAGAAAAAUCCUGGUAACAUGAGUAUAAUCAUCAAUGAAUGACACAAACCAUCUAGCCCCAGAAACUACUUUCAACGUUAGAAAUGGUAGAUGGACCCCAGAUAUCACCAUGAAUAAGAUAGAAAAUAAUAUAACAUCAUUUAUUAUUUACUGGAAAAGAUAAACAGUUGUUUAGCAGGUUUACACAUGUCGCAAUGAAAAUUUUGAACGCUUAGACCUUAAAAUAAAGAAGGAAACAUAAUUCUAAUAACCCUAAAUGGGGUAUCCAAAUCGGCAAUGGUGAAGCUAAACUCUCUCUUUUUUGGAUCGAUUCAGCUCAAGAGAAUGAGCUAAUUUUUCCUUUACAACGUUUGACUGGCUCAAUGCUUCAAGCUCAAAUACACGACUGUGACGAAAAACUACUUUCAAUGUAAGUAUUGAUUAAGUUUCUUGAUAGAAACAAGGUUUGUGAUCAAUCUAAGGACACGAUGAGCAUUUUUUAAAGUUAGUCAAGGGUUUAUUUUAAUAUUUCCUACACCUGCUGCAGUAGUCAGAACUAUCAGCUGGCAGGCUAUUUUCCUAUUUGGAUAAGGAGAGCAUAUGGAAAAGACAUUUGGUGAGUGGGUUAUAAUCAGUAGUCAGCAAAAAGUUAUACCUGUGACAUUUAAUCCGAUAGAGGAGGAAACUUGAAUACGCCAAUGAACAAGAAUCUGUGAGUUUUUCAAGAUUGUGAAUGAAAGAUUUUACCCUCUCGACCUUUUCUUUGUUGAGACUACCUGAUUCCUUUGGUGCUGAUUCAUUGUGCUGUAUUGUUGUGACAUGAGCUUGACCAUUCUUCCCUGGGUGUUGUCUGUUCUGUACCUUUCUUUCUUGUCUUAGAGGUUUUGCAUGGAGCUUCCAGCACCGUUAACGAGUCUGACGUGGCUUCUUACAGUAAAUGCACCACAGGGUAUCCUUAUUGUUAUUCUCAGCAACUUGUCCUCUAUGCAUUUGUGACUGAAUUAUUGCCACCAUUAGCCACCAUAGCCGAGCUGUACAUUCUUUGUGAUUCGAGCAUCAUGCCUCUUCCGCUUUACUCUCCUCGAAUCAGUGGCUCUACCUCAUUAAAGCAUGGAACCUCCUGCUUGCCGUGAGUCUGAAUUAUCCCUUGAUCAAAUUCUCGAUGAAACCUAACAAGAAAUCAUAAACUCUGUCUUCUUCAAUGAAAUAUUUCAGAAUAGCUGCGUCGUCAGGAGAUUUGGUUUUAAUCACCCUAUAAUUGUGAAGUUCAAACCACAAAGCUUUCAAAUCAUUAGCAUAUUCCGUAACUGUUUUACUUACCUGUUUUGCAGCGAUAGUCUUCAACUUAACUUCAUAUACUUGGGCUUGGUCUCUAGCUAUGGAAUAAGUCUGUUGGAUUGCAUCCCAGAUAUUCUUGUCUGUAGCCAAGAAAGUACAUUUCUUUCUAAUCUCAGGUGUCAUAGAAUUCCGUUACCAUGCCAUAAUCAUGGAAUCUUUCUCAUCACAUGCCUCAAACUGAGGAUCCCCAGGUUUCGGUCUUGUAUCUGUGAGAUGGGUGAUCUUCACUUUCCCUUUUGACAUAGUAAGAAAAAGUUGGAACUACUUGAGGUACGUUUUUUCCAUCCAGCUUAUAUGCAUCCUGAGUACUCUGCAACUAUCUGGAUUGUUGAAAACAUACACAUUCCUUUGAUUAUGUUGUACCGAUCAUCUCUACAGCCUCUGACAUCUGUGCGACGUGGUAGGGUAUGGAUGACGGUUUAAGAUUGCAAAGAAGCUGACACUCGGCGGCCAAAUGAUUAUUGGCGUUUAAGGCUGAGAGAAUUGAACAAUGAAGGUUGAUAAUGAAGACAGAUUGUCGGUGAUUGAGGUUGCACUGGAAAACCAUGAUGAAGACCAUGGGAAAAAUUCCCAAAUUUACAAGCUAGGGCUCUGGUACCAUGUCACAAAUCAUAUAAGGAUAAAAAGUUCGGAACGCUUAUCGUAUCAUUGAAUCAUAGACCAAUUGCUAGUAUACUACCUAUAUUUAGGAAACUACCUAAAUAUAGGAAAGGAAACUUCCUAUGCAAUUACCUGGCCACAAAAGAAAGGAAACUACCUAUAUUUAGGAAACUGACCAACUCGGAAACUAACAGACUAGGAAACUGCCCAAAUAGGAAACUGACCAACGGAAAUUGAUACCUAAUUACAUGUUUUUCCCACAUUCUCUUUUAUUGUUCACAUCAUCUAAACUUAUGAAAAGAUAGGCACAUCGUGAUGUUCAGCAUUUAAGUAGACUAGAAACUCGGGAAUCUUGGUGAGAGUAAUUUUCUUACUGGCUGUGGCCGUAAUGUGAAUGACAACAUGCUGUGUCAGGAAUUGUGGAAGAAAGUAGGCCGCUGUCUUCGCUUGUUUUGAUCUUGUACUAACUGAUAUUUUUCUCAUCUAAUUAGAUUACCUGUUAUAAAAGUUUCCCGUUUGGUGGAUAACUUUAACAAUAAUGAGCUUCCAGAUCAAUGUAUCUACAAGUUUUUCUUUCAAAAACUUACUAAACAAGUUCCUUUUAUUGCUCAUAUUUCAUUGAGUAUUCUCAGUUAGUUUGUGAAUAGAAGUUUUACUGAAAGUGUUAUUUUUAAGAGAAUGAUAAUAGGAACUUAAAAGUGUCUUCCCAUUAUCAAUUGGAAAAUAGUAGUCUUUGGAGAAUUGGAGCCUUAAACUCUGAAGAUUUUGCAUUCGAUACCUACUUUUGGACAUGAAACUUUCUGCUGUGCUCUGAGUCAAUGUAAUGAUCCUGGGCCGACUGUCAUGAGUGGUCAGAAUGCAAGGGGUGUCACACCGAUCGUCACUGGAAUUAAUGAAAUCCGGAUAGAUCAACUUAUGUGGGCCAAAGUGAACCUCUAGGUUCCUAUGUUCACCCAAGUUGCUUUGAAUUUACUGUUAACAAUUUGGAAAAAUCGCAAGAAAAGUGGUGAGGAGUGAAUUCCGUCGUUCAAUAUGAAACGGGUUGGCAAUUUUCUCCUGGAGAAGCAUACUAGGUGGCGAUCAAGCUUCACACUCCAGAGCAGAUCCUAAUCAUGAAAAAGGUAGGAUACAGUUAAGAGGAGUGCAAGGGGAUAGCUCAGGAGGGAGAUUUCCUCUUUCCAAGAAUCGGUGAAAACCAACUUCUGGCAGAAGUUAGGAGGCUCGAGCAGUGUCCUGAUGCCAGUUCAGGAUUAUAGAUUUCUUUAUCGGUUGUUUUUGUCGGCAAAGGUGCCAGCUCGGGAGUACCAUGGAAAGAAGAUGAAGGAAAGGUGCUGAAGCAUUUUAUUAGAGUCAUUUUCCCGGAUAUUUUGGGUGGAAUGGUGGGUGUUUUACAUCUACCUUCAUUGGGUUUAGUAGACAGAUUGGAAACUCAACUUCAAGUACAGCUGAGUUUCAAACAUGA